CCCCACCACAGACAUCAUCAUCAACRACACCAGCAACAACACAAAGCAAGACCAGCAAGCCAACAGCACCAUGGUCCCUUCUCCGCAAGAACAAGAACCGCCACCAUCGCCCCCCGCAGGCUGCGAGGAGACACACCUGCACAACUCGGAGGCCCUGGGGACAUCCCUCCCCCACCCCGACGGGUUUUUCGGGCCCGACAAGGCCUACGGGGGGGCCUUUCUCCCGCCACCGCUGGUCCCCAUCAUGGAGGCYGUCGACGCUUCCUACCGGAGCAUCCGGGAGGAUCCCUCYUUCCUCUCUGAGCUGGCGGAGCUCCGCCGCGACUUUGUGGGCCGGCCCUCCCCGGUCUUUUUCUGUUCCAACCUCUCCCGCGAGCUCGGGGGGGCAAGGAUCUACCUCAAGCGGGAGGACCUCAACCACACCGGCUCCCACAAGAUCAACCACUGCCUCGGGGAGGCCCUCCUGGCCAAGAGGAUGGGCAAGAAAAAGCUCAUCGCCGAAACGGGGGCCGGCCAGCACGGGGUGGCCCUGGCCACCUGCGCGGCGCUGGUGGGACUGGCCUGCGAGAUCCACAUGGGGGAGAUCGACAUCAAGAAGGAGUGGCCCAACGUGAGGCGCAUGCAGGUCCUGGGGGCGGAGGUCGUCCCGGCCACCCACGGGGGCAGGUCCCUCAAGGAGGCCGUUGACUCGGCCUUUGGGGCCUACAUGGCCAACCCGGACGAGAUGCUCUUCUGCAUCGGCAGCACGGUGGGGCCCCACCCCUUCCCGAUGAUGGUCCGGGACUUUCAGGCCGUGGUGGGCUAUGAGGCCAAGCGGCAGUUUGCGGACCGGGGGGGCGGCUCGACCGACGGCGAAAACAAGGCGACGCCGGACUACCUGGUGGCCUGUGUCGGAGGCGGGUGCAACUCCCUGGGCCUCUUCACGGCCUUUCUCGAGGAAGAGGGAGUGAACCUGGUCGGGGUGGAGCCGGCCGGGAGGGGCCUCGACGCCGGGGAGGGACACCACUCCGCGACGCUGACCCUCGGCAAACCGGCGGUCCUCCACGGGAUGAGGUGCUACACCCUCCUCAGCGAGGCGACGGGGGAGCCCGCAGCGGUCCACUCCUGCGCCUCCGGCCUGGACUACCCCGGGGUCGGCCCGCAGCACUCGUUCUUCAAGGACUCGGGAAGGGUUGCCUACGAAACCGCCACCGAUAGGGAGGUCGUCGAUGCCUUUUUCCGGCUCAGCCGGUCCGAGGGGAUCGUACCGGCCCUCGAAUCGGCCCACGGCCUGGCCUACGCGAUCCGACUGGCACCGACCCUGCCGCCGGAAACCACCAUCCUGGUCAACAUGAGCGGCCGGGGCGACAAGGACCUGGACUACGUCUGCGACAAGUACGGCGACGCCUACGGAAUCGGGAGGGAGGGCCUGUUUGCGGGCCCGCCCACCCACGAGAAGGAGGACCUGCCCGAACACUAGACGGCCGGCCUGCCGGUGCCGCGGUCUGCUGGUGUCCUGCCAGCAGAUGGACGGAUGGCCAGCGUGCUCCGGGAGGCUCCGCAUGCCAACCGUUUCGAUUGCGCUUCGGGUAAGUGCGAUUCGAAAAUCCGCUGUUGUUCCGUAGAGGGCUUUCGGACGCUUGUCGUGAAUGGCGUGCUCAAGCUCUCGACAGCAUUUCGAUAGCUUUUGACAGGAUAAAUAGCAUCACGCACU